ACUUCACUUUUGGAACCAUCGAAUACUAGCACAUGCCAACGAGGAGAUGAGUAAAUUAUGAGCGAUCCACCAUACCACAUCGGCCAACGCCUCAGCCUCAAAGGACAACUCUGCACGAUCCGCUACAUUGGUCCCGUUUCCGACAAAGCAGGAGAAUGGGUGGGUGUCGAAUGGGACGACACCACUCGAGGAAAACACAAUGGCACUCACCAAGGGGUGAAUCAUUUUGAAUGCAGAAGCUCUUCACCGACCGCUGGGUCAUUUCUCCGGCCCAAGCAGCCAUGGGACCCAUCAAGGACAUUUCUUCAAGCGUUGCGAGAGAAGUACAUGCCAGAGGAAGCAGGGACUGGAGGCGAUAUUGUUUACUUCUCUGGCAAGCAAGCGGAGGAGAUCGGCUUCGAGAAGUUCUCCAAACGGCAAGCUCAGCUUCAGGGGAUUCAUGUUCUUGUGCUGGACCAUAUGAGGAUCCGCAGUGACAGUUCAGACGCUGAGAACGGGACCAUCGAGGAAAUAUGCGCCAACAUCACCGAUCUGGAUCUCGGCAGCAACCUCUUCGAAACUCUAGACGAAAUACUGGACAUAGCCAAACUCCUACCGAAACUGCGCACCCUCACGUUGGACGGCAACCGAAUACACACAGGACCGGAGCACGGCACAGCACUCCUCAACGUGAAAUCUCUCAGUCUGUCCAACACGCUCCUCGACUGGCAUGGGAUAUGCGCUGUAGCUUCCCGAUUCCCGAAUCUCAUCUCCUUGACAGCCGCCGGCAACGAACUGCAGGUCAUCAGCGACAAGACCCUACCCUGCCACCUCCAAACCCUCGACCUCUCCUCCAACAAAUUCACCGCCCUCUCCUCCCUCUCUCCCCUCCACUCCCUCCCCGCCCUCCGCACCCUCUCCCUAAAAGCCAACCUCAUCACCACCACCGGCUUUCCUCCGGCCAAUCUCAUUAACGGCACCAACCUGCCCCAACCCCUCAGCCCAACCCUCCACACCCUCGACCUCUCUCACAACGCAAUCUCCACCUGGCUCCCCAUCAACGCCCUCCCAUCCCUCUACCCUUCCCUCCUCCACCUCCGCACAUCCUCCAACCCCCUCUACUCCCACCUCACCACCCCGUCCGGCGCACCCCUAACCCCCGAAGACGGGUACAUGCUCACCAUCGCCCGUCUACCUGCGCUGCAAACUCUGAAUUACAGCGCUAUUACGGAGAAAGAAAGGUUGAAUGCGGAGACUUACUAUCUUGGGCAAAUCGCCGCUCAAAUCAGUCUCGUUACUAGCGGGGCUGAGGGGGUGGAAGCUGUGAAAGCUGAACAUCCGAGGUGGAAGGAAUUGGUGGAGGAGUAUGGCGAGCCGAGCAUACCUUCUACCAUCACUGGUGCCGCGGCGAAGGAGGGAGAAAAAAAUCCGCAUUCCCUUGCCGCGCAACUGCUUACCCUUACAUUCCACCUCGCCUCCCCUUCAUCCUUCACGCACCUCCACCCCACAAAGACAGAGACAGAGUGGACAGACCGCAUCCCCAAGUCCUUCUCCAUUUACACCCUCCUCUCCCGCGUCGGCGCAAAACUUGGAGUGUUACCGAUGGAGUUGAGACUGGUGUGGAAAACGGGGGAGUGGGAUCCUGUGCAGCGCGGACCUGGGCAGGGGGAAGUGGAGGAGUGGGAUAGUGAGGAUGAAGAGGAGGAGGAGGAUGGAGGGAGGGAAGUGGUGAGGAGGGAGAUAGAGUUGGUUGCUGGGACGAGGGGGGUGGGGACGGUUUUUGAGGGGGGUGGGGGAGUGGUGAGGGUUGAGAGGAGGGAGGGGACGACAUGA